AUGGCAGACGAGGCAUUAGCUCGGGCAGGACUUCAUUUUGAUGAGCUGAAUAAAAUACGAGUUCUUGAACCCGAAGUUCAACAGCAAACACUAGAAUUAAAAGAAGAAUGUAAAGACUUUGUUGAUAAAAUUGGUGGUUUUCAAAAGAUUGUUGGAACCUUUAUUGAGGUUGUAGAUAAUGUAGCUAAAGAAGUGGAAAAAGAAAAAAUGAAGGCGAUUGGUUCAAGGAAUUUAUUAAAGUCAAUAGCAAAGCAAAGAGAAUCUCAACAGCAACAGCUACAAGCUUUAACAUCAGAAAAGAAAAUGCAGCUUGAAAGGUUGCGGAUACAGUAUGAAGCUCUUCUGAAGGAAGAAAGGGAGCAGAAAGAAUUCAUAGAGCAAUUUACCUUACAGAAAUAACAUUCAUUGCUGUCACACCUAUACCGCCGUCCUCUGUGAAUAGUCUGAAUUAUCAUGUACAUUGAUGUCAUUAAAUAUUGUUAUUUUCUACACAUCUUUUGUAAAUAAAACAAAUUUAUAUCAUACUGA